AUGUCGGGCUUAUUGGGCGCUGGAUAUGAUUCCAGUGAUGAUGAUACCACAGGCAUCUCCAAGCCUACAGUGACCCCUGCAACCAAGGUGGUCGCUGCACCAGAAGUUAAUACAGAGGAUCAGGCGCACAUGCAGAUGACCCUCGCGAAUUCCUCCUCGAAAGCCCUGACCUUCAACGCCACUUACGAUGACUUGACACGGCCUGCUCAAGGACCCGCAAACCCCUUCAAAACUGACGGCGCUGGUAAUGGAAUCAAGCGCAAGAAUGUCCCAACUGGAUAUGCUGAGGAAGGCUCUAUCAGCAAGUCUACCUUUAAUACUCAACACCGUACAUUCCAGAGCUUGGGAUACACCCGCAACCCAACUCUACCGGAUCAGUUCGUUGGAAAUAUGGACAAUGUCGCACAGUACGGUGGGAAAGAUAUCAUUCAGAUGAAGCCUUCUAAACAGUCAUCUGCUGCAUGGCGCUCUAAGCGCCAAAAGAAGGGCGACUCAAGCAUUGUCGAGGGUGAAGGCGCGUACCUAGGACCAUGGGCGAAAUACCAAAAUCAACAGCAAUAUGAAGAGAUUGAGGUUGGCUCAGACGAAGAUCGUGAAUUGGCCAGUGAUGAGGAGUACGUGGAGGAGGACGAUGACGCUUCUGCUCCCGCCCCGCUCAUGCCAGCCAUGAGCAAAGAGGCUACCGAUUAUGCGGGCGACUUCUCCAAGGAGGAAACCACAGAAUUCCAUGGUUCAGAGCAGUUCGAUUACCAGGGCCGUACAUAUAUGCAUGUGCCCCAAGAUCUGGACAUCGAUCUCGGCAAGGAGCCUGGCAGUAUCAAGAAUUACGUGCCCAAGAAGCUCGUUCAAACCUGGAAAUCACACACAAAGCCUAUCACCUCGCUCCGCUUCUUUCCCAAAUCAGGACAUUUGCUGCUUUCCGCUGCGGCAGAUGGCAAAGCCAAAAUCUGGGAUGUGUAUCACUCUCGUGAAUUGCUGCGUACAUUCUCAGGACACUCCAAGGCGAUCUCAGAUACCGAUUUCGACCCAACAGGAAAAACCUUCCUCACUGGUUCAUACGAUCGUCAGAUCAAGCUGUGGGAUACAGAGUACGGAAAGUGUAUCGGUCGGUUCUCAACAGGCAAGACGCCACACGUUGUACGCUUUAACCCCAGCCCCGAACACUCGCACGAGUUCCUGGCCGGUAUGUCCGACAAGAAGAUCGUGCAGUUCGACACUCGCUCUGGGGAGCUGGUUCAAGAAUACGAUCAUCACUUGGCUGCCAUCAACACCAUUACCUUCGUGGACGAUAAUCGCCGAUUCAUCUCUACGUCAGACGACAAGUCGUUGCGUGCUUGGGAAUACGGCAUUCCUGUUCCUAUCAAGUUCAUUGCGGAGCCUUACAUGUUUGCGCUUACUCGCGCUACGCCCCAUCCCGAAUGGGAAAUAUGUUGCAACCGCAAGAAGAGCUUCCGUGGUCACAAUAACGCUGGCUAUGGUAUUGAUAUCAAGGUUUCUCCUGAUGGUCAGUUCCUUGCCUCUGGUGAUAGCGGUGGUUAUGCUUGUUUCUGGGACUGGAAGACUGGCAAGAUGUAUCAUAAGAUUCUUGCUGGUGGCAAGGAGGGUGGUGCUAUUACCUGUCUGGACUGGCAUCCACAGGAAACUAGUAAGGUGGUUACUGGUGGGUUGGAAGGUGUUAUCAAGUACUGGGAUUAA